AUGGACUAUGGUGUAUCCAAUUCGCAUUCGAUCGCUGAGUUAUUUCGGGUCACAGUCGGUGACUGCUUAAACUAUUGUAUUCUGAACGCGGCCAAGAUGGGCGAUGGCUGUGCCUCUGUGGUCUACCACAAACUUCACUCAACAUGUCAACUUUACGGGCACGACGGUCACUUCAACGGAUCAGAAGUGGUCCCAGCCAGUGGUCACGACUUUUACGAGCGCACGAGUUGGGUAGGCGUCUGUCAGGACAAAGUUGUACCAAAACGUGGUUACAAACAACGCCCACGCCAAUAUGCAGCCAAGACGGAAUCCGUACAAAUUCCCGUAGAAAUCACCAAAUACGGCAAUUUCAUAGAUUUCCGUACCGGCCAAGCAGCUGUGACGAGUAGCACAACAACCACCACAGAGGAGCCUUCUACCACAACAUUCACAUAUCCCGACGAAAUUGCAGCCCAAAGCUUCGAAGAGCCCGCAGAUGGAAUCCACUUCAUGAAUCCUACACACAGCAGCACCUGUCAAAAGAAGGAAACGGUCAGCUACUUUGUCUUCUUCGGAUAUCGAUUAGCAUCCACGAACGUCGCUGCCAGACUCAAAGGAAUCGAUCAGAGCAGUUGUGUCAUGUAUUGCACACAGAACAUUAAUGCUAGCGGAGAAGCGAUCCCUUGUUACGCUGCGAACUAUGAGCCCGCUGACGAGAAGUGCUAUCUCUAUGGAAGACGCUCAAGGUCUGAUCGGAACACUGCUCAUCUUGGCGCUGACACCAACUUCAUUUUCGCCGACAAGUUCUGCGUACAAACGAAUAAGGACUGCUCAGCCGAGACGCCAUAUAUUGUCUAUCCUACCAAACAGAUGCAUAAGAAGAUCAUCACCUCGUAUCCUGGCAUGAACUCAGUGGUUGCCUGUAUCGCAGCGUGCAUCGAUAACAGGAAGUGUAAAGCAGUGACCUACAAAGUCGGUCUGUGUAUUCUUCAUGGGGCAUCACCGGCAUCGGAUUCCUCGCUGCUUGUCGACGGCAGCGAACAGACGAUGGUUAUUGAAAAUGGCUGUCAGCUGACCACCGAAUUUCUUCCAUCACUGCUGUCUAAUAAUAAUAUUGGUCAGUAA